AUGACAUCUCAGGUAGAAGAAUUAAAAUCUAAAGCCGAUGCUGCUUUUUCAGCUGGUGAAAAUGAUCAAGCAGUUAAUUUAUAUACUCAAGCAAUAAAUCUCGACGAAAAAAAUUAUGUACUAUACAGUAAUCGUUCAGCUGUUUAUGCUAAAUUAAAUAAAUAUGAAGAUGCAUUGAAAGAUGCCGAAAAAUGUAUUGCACUCAAACCUGAUUUUAUUCAAGGAUACUUAAGAAAGGGUACUGCAUUAUCAUUUCUAAAUCGAUACGACGAUGCAAUACGCAUUUAUGAAGAGGGUCUUAAAAUCGAUUCAAACAAUCAAGAAUUACUUACUGAUCUAGAAAAUGUACGAAAAUAUACAAAUAAUAAAUCAAUAGCUAAUGAAAUAGGUUUCUUCUCUAAUCCACAAUUCAUACAUCAACUUGUUACAAAUCCAAAAGCUCAACAACUUCUACAAGAUCCUGAAACAGCUAAACUUAUGAAACUAUUACAAGAUCAACCAAAUAAUACUACUUUAUUGACUAAUCCAAAAGUACUAAAAUUAAUUGGAACUGUACUUGAUGUGGGCACUGGAAAUAGUCAUGGCAAUCAAAAAGCAAUGAAUGUAAAAAAACAAACAAAUACGUCAACAACAACAACUACAAAUGAACAACAAAAUAAAACUUUAACACCAGAACAAAAACAAGCCGAAGAACAAAAGGAGAAAGGUAAUGAAGCCUACAAGAAAAAAGAUUUUGAAACAGCAUUAAAUUAUUAUAACAAAGCAACAGAACUCGAUCCAAACAAUAUGAUCUACUAUACAAAUAGAGCAGCUGUUUAUUUUGAACAAAAACGAUGGGAUGAUUGUAUAAAACAAUGUGAAAAAGCUAUAGAUAUUGGACGUGAAAAUAAAGCUGAUUAUAAAUUAAUUGCCAAAGCUUGUGUUCGUAUAGGAAAUGUAAAAGUACAAGAAAAAAAUUAUCAAGAAGCUAUUAAAUAUUUUAAUCGAUCACUUUUGGAAUAUCGAAAUCCGGAUAUAAUAAAAAGAAAAGAAGAAAUUGAAAAGAUCCUUAAAGAACAAGAACAACUUGCUUAUUUUAAUCCGGAAUUAUCUGAACAAGAAAAGACUAAAGGAAAUGAAUUUUUUCAAAAAGCUGAUUAUCCAAAUGCACUUAAACAUUAUACUGAAGCUAUUAAACGAAAUCCAUCAAACGCACGACUUUAUUCGAAUCGAGCAGCUUGUUUUAUAAAACUAAUGGAAUUUGGAUUAGCAUUGAAAGACAGUGAGGAAGGAAUUAAAAUUGAUCCAACGUUUGUUGAAUGCUACCUUCAUAAGGGUCAUGCUUUAAUGGCCACGAAAAAUUUUUCUCAGGCUAUGAUUGUAUUUAAAAAAGUUCUUGAAACUCAUCCAAAUAAUCAAGAAGCGAUGGAAGGCUAUCAACAAUGUACAGUUGGAUCAAGUGAUGAUCCUGAAGAAGUCCUUCAACGUGCACUUGCUGAUUCUGAAAUUCAACAAAUUCUUGAUGAUCCCACAAUGUGUUUAAUACUUGACCAAAUCCAGAAUGAACCUCUCGCAAUACGUGAACAUUUACGAGAUCCAACUAUUGCACAAAAAAUUCAUAAAUUAAUGGAUGCUGGUAUUAUUACUAUUCAUCCUAUGUAA